GAUGCUGUUUGUAAGUAUCAGGUACCGUGGUACCUUGCCCUUUGGUCAUGAGCUCUGCCGACAUGGACCCCUGUUAUUACCCCACCUUCCAUCUCUCAGCUGCCCCGCCGCUGCCGUGAGGGAGCACUGUCCUGGGUGGGAGGUGGUGGGUGGUCCCUUAGAUAAGAUAAGGACCCUUGCCCAGAAUGCAAAUCGCCACUCAACCUAAGGAUUUGGAACGACGGAACCUAACGUUUGGCGCCAGUUCUCGAUGGCCUCUUCUAAGCGCAAAAAGGCGAACCGUUGCAGUAGAUUCCAAGCUAGCUACAAAUCCAUCAAACGCCACAGCUUAUGAUACUUUGAUCGUCGCUGCAGCUUGGUUUUACUACAUAUCUUGUCGGGCCACAAGUCUCCCCUUCGAAGCUUUUCUUCUCGUAUUCCCUGCAACUAGUCGCAAUUCCCAUUCUCUCCCAACCCCUCCACCCCUCCAUUCAUCCCCACUACUUACCAAGCAACAAACGACGCCUUCGACGAACACCUCCCAACAGCCAACAACUUCAAUCCGAACAGCGACCAUGGCAGACGAGGACCAACCCCAGACACUCAAAACUGUCUUUACAUCUGCCGAGAGAAAGCGCCUCACCCUCGAAAACUCCUACGAGGCUUCCUCUCCGACCUACCUCGACGACCUCCAAACCGCCAUCGCAGAGUACGAAACAUGCCUCGACCUAGUUUCCCGCGCCGCCCUCUUCUCCUCCAACGAGUCCCUUGAGGACCUCUCCACCUCCUCGCUUCCCUACCUCCUCAUCACAUACCACCUUGCCGAGCUGCACCAGAAGCUCCCCUCCCGCCGGCCCAUCGAGCGCCGCGUCGCCCUUGAGCGUGCUCGCGAGUCCUACGAGACCUUCCUCGGCGCCCUCGACUCAUACGACCUCCUGACCGACACCAACAAGAUGCUCUACGAGCGCUACACUGACGAGCCCCUCGCCUUCUCCACCCUCGGCACCAACGACCCCGCCAAGCGCCGCGACGCCAAAAUCGCAAACUUCAAGUCGGAAAAGGCCCUCAAGGACCGCCUUGAGGCCCUGCGCCGGAACCCGCGCUACCAGAACGAGGACGGCGACGACGAGGUCGCCCGUGACCUGCAUCUCGCGCACGUCGCGUACUCGGCGCACAUGGCGUUCCAAGGGCUCGAGGGUAUCAACCGCGAGCUCGAGGUCCUGGCCCAGGCCACGGUGCCUCUGAUGCCUUCGCCGACGUCUGUCGAGGAGGACGAGCGCCGCCGCACCGAAGAUCGCGGCGCCGCGGGAUACACCGAGCGUCUCGAGCCCCCGCGCCGGCUGCAGAGCAUGUUUGGGCAGGGGGGCCCCAUAUUGUCCACGGAGGGCAAGCCGCUGCAGCCGUUCACGCUCGUCGGGAACAGACAACAGAUGACCAAGGAUGUCUUCCGCCCCGGUCACAAUCUGCCUACGAUGAGCAUCGAUGAGUACCUCGACGAGGAGGCGCGUCGGGGCGGCAUCAUCGAGGGCGGCGGCGACGCGAGCUGGCACCGCCCGGAGCCCAACGAAGAUGACUUUGACAAGGCGGACGAGGAGACAAUGAAGGCGAGAGCGUGGGACGAGUUUGUUGAGGCGAAUCCAAAGGGUUCAGGAAACACGCUGAACAGGGGCUGAGGCUAAGAAGUGGGAUUAGGCAUGGGGAUUCGGGCAAUCGGACGGGAGUAUGUAAUUUGGAAGAGUUUGACGCAUAGACCAAAAAGAAAAUAGGGAGGAUACCACCGCGCAUGACACGACGACGGCCUUGGGAGUUCACAUUAUGGUGAGAACGGCAAAAAGGCUUUACUGAAU